AUGCUCUUCUUCAUCUUGGCGUCGCUCACCCUGAGCUGUGGCUGGUGUUUGAUGUUCUCAAAGAUCAAACGCAAGACAACCUAUCCACUGCACCUUGCUGUGCAGCUACAGCGGGAAGAUGUCGUGUUUCUCUAUCUGGUUGAGAACGAUUUGGAUCUGCGCUCAAAAAUUAACGAGUGCAACGAUCAAGGCACGGUGCCCCUCAAACUGGCGCUGGAUUUGCGAAACACGGCUAUUGCCACGACCCUGGUGCAACACAACGCCGACGUCAACGCCAAGGACGAGGAUGACGUUCGUCACCUGCUGCACUCGUGCAUUGAAGAGCAAAACGAAACGGCAGCCUUGUUCCUCAUUGAGAACAAUGCGGAUCCUCGCGUGACCACCGCGGUUGCCCAAGCAACACCCUUGCACUGUGCAGCUCUUGCAGACUCUGCCGCUGUCACUGCUGCCUUACUCAAGCGUCGUGUGGAUGUCAACGCUCGCGACCAUCAAGGCGAUACGCCCAGUCAUUGUGCUAUCCGCCAGAAGCAUGCCAAGGUCGUUGAUCUUCUGCUUUCAGCUCCGGGCGUCGACGUUAAUAUCACCAACAAUGAGGGCCACACACCGUUGUGGCUCGCCCUUGGCUUUGAGGAUCAGCGUUACGCCCAACAGCUUGUGGACCGUGGUUGCGAUGUUAAUCUCCAAUCCGUGACUGGUGACACCAUGCUCCAUGAUGCCAUCUACAAGGACCACACUGCCGCCGCCCUGUUCUUGAUCGAUCACAACUGCAAUGUUCAUUUGACCAACCAGAAUGAUGUGACACCCCUGCACGCAGCCUGUGCAAACGGCAAUCAAGUUGUGUGCGAAAGUCUGCUCAAGCGACAUUCAAACGUGAAUGCCCGGAAUAAGGAGGGCAACACCCCCCUCAUGACAGCUGUGAUUGCGGCCAAGCCAGAAUGGGGCACCAAGCUGGUGGAGACGCUAUUGGCACAGCCCAGCUUGGAUGUAAACCUGGUCAACUAUGAAGGGCGCUCAGCUUUGGCCUUGGCCUUGGCCAAUGAAGACAGUAUCGAUGUUAUUGGGCCCCUCCUGCUCCAAGCAGAAGCAGAUGCCGAGCUGGUCAUGCCUGAUGGAUAUAACCUGCUGCAAACAGCCAUCUUGGCAAAUAACACCAAGGCAGCAACUCUUCUGAUCCGCAAACCCGUCCAGGUGGAUAUACCGACGCCAGAUGGUCGUCCACCCUUGUUGCUGGCCGUAGAACAGCACAGCCUGGCCCUGCUUCACGAGUUGUGCCGAGCGGGCUGCAAUGUGUACGCUGUGGAUACCAUGGACAACUAUGCCAUGUGGAGUGCGCUGAGCAUGGAAAAGCACGACUUGGCCCGUGCUCUGAUAGAGCAUGGCUUUGACGUCAAUUGCCUGCAGGUGGCCAAGCACAUGACUUUAUUGCAUCAAGCCGUGUCUGAUCUCAACAUUUCCAUUGUAUCGGCGUUGCUCGCUUUGGGCGCUGAUGUGAACGGCCGUCGCGACGAUGAUGACGGCACACCUUUGCACAUGGCUGCGGCUAUUGGCGCCGAUGCCAACGAAAUCAUCCGCACGCUUAUCCAGCGCGGCGCCGAUGUCAAUGCGCAAGAUCGUGCCCAGGAGACCCCCCUGCACCGAGCCAUCUAUGCCCAACAAGAGCCUGUCGCCAUGAAGUUGCUUGGGCUCAAGGACAGAUUGAAACUGGGUCUCCGCGAUCAAGCGGAUCGGACCGUAUUUGGGGCAGCCUUGUUUAUGAAAAAUCUGCAUGUGGCUUCAGGCAUUUCGCGCUUGGUACCAUCAGCCAUCGAGGAGCGCAAUCGGCUUGGCAUGACGUAUCUGCAUGAGGCUGUAGCCGACUCCAACAUCGAGACGGUUGAGUUUCUGCUCAAGCUCAAAGUGGACGUCAACGCACGCAUGGCCGACUCAACCAAGCGCACACCUUUGGCGACUGCAGUCGAGCGCGAGUUUGAGCAGGGCGUUCGCGCCUUGCUGCUGGCAGGCGCCGACCAUAGUAUUGCAGAUGCCGACACACGCUGGACUGUGGCCCACAUUGCAGCCUUGCUCGGCAACGGCACCAUAUUUAAAUUGCUCGUCGAGCACGGAGCCAACUGCAAUGCUGCUGAUGCUGAUGGGAACACCGUAUUGCACGUGGCCAUGAAGCGACCACAGGCCGAGAUCAUUCGACAGCUGACCAAAAUCCCAGGCUUGGAUUUUUUUGCGGAGAACAAUCAGAAACAAACACCCUUGCACUUGCUCGCGGAAAGCGCGCCACCCAACGGCUUGGAGAUUCUCAAGAUCAUUUUUGAGCUGAUCAACCAUAAUCUGAGCCCCACGGAUGCAGAGGGCAACACUCCAUUGCACGUGGCCAUGCGCAAUGGUGCAUCAGACAUCUCAAUGGGCCUUAUUCGAAACGGCGCACACCCCGGCGUACCCAACGCAGAAGGUGCUUGCUGCUUCGAUAUUGCGCGGACCAGUCCCAAACUGGGCAAAUUGUUGAUCAAAUUACUUGAGCUGAUACGGGAUCCCCCCGCCUGGAUUGAGGCGCCUUAUUGCCAAGAGUGCAAGUCAAAGUUUACAUCGAAGACUCGCAAACACCACUGCCGUCAUUGUGGACGCGUCGUGUGCAAGAAGGACAGUACCAAGCAGUGCCCAAUUGUCAAGUUUCAGAUGCCGAAACCGCAACGUGUGUGCGAUCUGUGCCACCUGGUGCUGACUGGUGGUGUCGGCGAUUUGGGCUAA